UACAGUUAUCCUCCAAGACUGGUUUUGACUGACAGAAUAGCAGCGUCCCUUGGGCGGCCGAAAUGGCUCACCACUUCAUUCACAAAGCAGUGUAUAUUCAGUGUGCGAAAGCCGUCUCGUGAGAUGCCCAAUGUUCUUAGCCUGGUUGGGAAGAAAAGACCGGUUGGCACAAAAUGUCACUUUUGUAGAUUCCUUAAGGUCGCAGUACCAGAGGAGAAAACGGUGAACUGUUUUGAACGACAGACCAUCUUGCGAUAUCGUUGGUGCAUUCGAACAACUGUCAGCAAUUUGCUCAUUCUGGGUGUAUUCGCGCAGAUCGAAAACUGUUCGGACGACCCAUUUUGCUUUGCUCAACACAAAUGCUCACCCGCUUAUCGGUGCACUGACGACUUUUCCCCGACCGUUGACGAGACGUCUGCAAUCCAGUUCCAAAGCUUGGCGAACAUACCAACAGCCCAUUAUCGCAUCCAAGCUACCCCUAUUCUGCAAUACUGUUAUUCACCCCUGUCACCGCCAAUUACGUGC